ACCUAACUAACCGUGAUGUGAGUAGCAUUUGACGUUUAAUUUUCGUGUUUUCAUGGGCAAAUAGUCAUCAUUCCAUUUAUCCAUCAAUUGACUGCGUAAAAACGUAUUCAUUUCACUAGAAAACACUAUAAUGAAGCCGAAAAAGAAGCUGGGAGUUGGUUUGAGCCGCGAGGAGCGUAGUGUCAUAGUUAUCGGUGAAAUCAUACAGGAACUACUAAAGGCCCAUGAGGACAAAAAAGAUGUUAAUCUAAAUCGGCUUAAAGCGCGCAUCUCCUCUAAGUAUGGAUUGGAGAGUUCACCACGUUUGGUAGACAUAAUUGCAGCUGUGCCCCAAGAAGCAAAAAAAAUAUUGCUACCUAAACUGCGUGCUAAGCCCAUACGAACAGCUAGCGGUAUCGCGGUUGUUGCUGUGAUGUGCAAGCCCCAUCGGUGUCCUCACAUCAAUAUGACCGGCAACAUAUGUGUAUAUUGCCCGGGCGGACCAGACAGUGAUUUCGAAUACUCCACGCAGUCAUACACGGGAUACGAGCCAACAUCUAUGCGCGCUAUUCGUGCACGAUACAAUCCUUAUCUGCAAACACGUCACCGUGUCGAACAACUGAAGCAGUUGGGACAUUCUGUAGAUAAAGUGGAAUUCAUUGUAAUGGGUGGCACAUUCAUGAGUUUGGAUGAGAAAUACCGCAAUGACUUUAUUAUGCAACUGCAUGAUGCACUAAGUGGGCACACUAGUCGGGACAUUAAGGAAGCGAUACGUUAUUCGGAGAUUUCUAAUGUGAAAUGCAUUGGCAUAACCAUCGAAACGCGUCCGGAUUAUUGCUUGAAGCGGCACAUUACCGAUAUGUUAAAUUAUGGUUGCACACGUUUGGAAAUUGGUGUUCAAUCGGUUUACGAAGAUGUAGCGCGAGAUACAAAUCGUGGGCAUACUGUGAAAGCAGUUUGUGAAAGUUUCCAAUUGGGCAAGGAUUCAGGUUAUAAAAUAGUGGCGCAUAUGAUGCCAGAUUUGCCAAAUGUGGACUUUGAGCGUGAUCUAGAACAGUUUAUUGAAUACUUUGAAAAUCCAGCUUUUCGCUCCGAUGGUUUGAAAAUCUAUCCAACGCUUGUGAUACGCGGCACUGGUCUCUAUGAGCUGUGGAAGACCGGGCGCUACAAGUCGUAUCCGCCAUCGAUGCUGGUCGAUUUGGUGGCGAAAAUAUUGGCGCUGGUGCCGCCAUGGACGCGUGUAUAUCGCGUACAGCGUGAUAUACCUAUGCCACUCGUGAGCUCUGGUGUGGAACAUGGAAAUUUACGCGAGCUUGCGUUGGCACGCAUGAAAGAUUGGGGUACGGAUUGUCGGGAUGUGCGCACACGUGAAGUGGGCAUACAAGAAAUACACAAUAAAGUGCGCCCAUAUGAAAUCGAACUGAUACGACGUGACUACUUUGCUAAUGGCGGUUGGGAGACAUUCCUCUCCUAUGAAGAUCCGGAGCAGGAUAUUCUUGUCGGGCUGUUACGUUUGCGCAAAUGUUCACCAGACACGUACCAAAAGGAAUUGACUAAAGUGGGUCAGUGUUCGAUAGUGCGCGAAUUGCAUGUCUAUGGCUCAGUUGUGCCAGUUAACGCAAGAGAUCCAACAAAGUUUCAGCAUCAGGGUUUCGGCAUGCUGCUGAUGGAAGAAGCUGCGCGUAUAGCGCGCGAAGAGCAUGGCAGUGUGAAGCUGGCUGUAAUUUCCGGUGUAGGCACACGCGCCUACUAUCGCAAGCUGGGCUAUGAGCUGGACGGUCCAUAUAUGUCUAAAAUGCUAGUAGAUGUCGCAUAAAAAAAUAUUAAUAUUUGCAAUUGGAAAUUACUUAGUUAAACUAUAGUCCAAUAUGAAACACAUAAGUCAGUAAAGAUUUUAAUAAAGUGUAAAUAAAUA